UUAGGUGAAUUUUUAUCGGCAAUGCUGUCUUUACAAUCAAUGACUUUUCUUGGAUUUGCUGAUGACGUAUUUGAUAUUCGAUGGAGAUAUAAACUUUUAUUACCAACUAUCGCAUCUAUUCCUUUGUUGAUGGUGUAUUAUGUAAAUUUUGGAGAAACUCAUAUAAUUAUGCCAAUACCAUUACGAUUUCUACUUGGGCGAUUUGUUGACUUAGGAAUAUUAUAUUAUGUUUAUAUGAGUAUGGUAGCCGUGUUUUGCACUAAUUCUAUUAAUAUUCUGGCUGGUAUUAAUGGUGUAGAAAUUGGACAAUCAUUAAUUAUCGCGUGCUCAAUUGCAAUAAAUGAUUACUUAUUCUUAAACGGAUCUAGUCCUGCCGUUGAGGCACAUUUAUUCUCAUUAUACUUCAUUCUUCCUUUCAUUGGGGUCUCAUUAGGAUUAUUUACGCAUAAUUGCGCCCCAAUUAUUCAAAUUGGUAGAUUGCCCGCGGCAUCGCAUGCCAAAAAGUUGGAUUACAGUAAGGUUAAUCUGCAAAAACCAUUAGGUGUCUCGGCCCUUAUUAUUCUUAAAAUUUUUUCAUCACUUGGUCUUGCUAAAAUAACUGAAUUAGAAAAUAGCGUUGAA